AAAAAGAAUGUCCCCUCCCUUUUCAUAAGUCCAGCACCCAACAUCAAGGCGUCUCUGUUCAGGCUGCCAGUUACUUCACAUCUAUUCAUUCUAUUCACUGGACUCGUCCCCUUUGUCCUCGUACCGUUCUCGAACAGAUUUGGCCGUCGACCAGUUUGGCUUGCUUCCACCCUACUUAUGGUGGCCUAUCGGCUGCGCCAAAAGUUCCAGCUAUGCCGCUAUGAUGGUCUGCUGUAUCUUUGGAUCCCUCUUCCUCGCCUCCCUCAUUGCUCUCGGGCCGCCGGUCGUGGUAGAGAUGUAUCAUGAGCAUAAACGGGGUACUAAAACGGCGCGCUGGCUACUUUUGGCCCUCUUGGUCAAUUUCUUAUGGGCUUUUUGGGGCAGAGAGUAGGCUGGGAAUGGAUUUACUGGACAUUUGCCAUUACCAGUGUAGUGCAGUUUAUUCUCUAUGCGAUCUUCAGUCCCCAGCCACGUUCUGUCGUCCAUUUGAAAUACUCAACUAUCCUCGUUUGGGCAACCACAUUAGACAUGAGAAUUUGUCUUAUCCAAACCCAUAUUGCCCGAGCAUCAGAGAAUAGC